AUGUCCUCACCCAAACCAUAUGUGGUUUUUUCCACAAAAAAUGACCUUACCGGAUUUCCAAAAGAUGCUACUGCCUUCACUUCAGUUCAUCAGGACUUCUGUGCGCUGAUGAAAGCAGUUGAACAAAAUCCAAAUGUUCUGCAGAGCUGUACAAAGCAAGGUCUGCAAGAAAAACUCAACGAAAUGAAUGACAAACUAGAUAAAUUCCUUGGCAUAGUGUCUGCAAUUCUGGAACAAAAACGUUGUGCUUUUCCACGCUUUUACUUCCUUUCUGAUCAAGAUGUUCUCAAAAUUGUGUGCUAUGCUUUCCAUCCUGAGGCUCUGAGUCGUUAUCUGUAUAAGGUCUUUGAACACAUGGAGAGCUUAGUUUUUGAGGCCAGCGGUGAAGCACGUGCCAUGCAGAGUCAGCAGAUAGUGGCAGUGAGGAGCCUCCAUGGAGAGAUGCUGUACCUUGUGGAGCCUUUGGCAUGUGAAGGCCCUGUUGAGCAGUGGUUUCAUCUUCUCAUGGACAGAAUGAGAAUUUCCUUGCAACAAAGCCUUCAUGCUGCCCUUGGACAUGAAUCAUGUUCACGGCGAGAGAUUCACAGUGCUGGUGCAAGACGUGUUCUCGUUAGUCGGUCAGCUUCAAGCAAAGAUCAGGAGGUGGAGAGAGAGUAA